AUGGCAGAGGACGAAGGCUCACAGGACACCUUGAGGCUCCAGUUCAGGGCCAUGCAGGAGAUGCAGCACAGAAGGUUACAGAAGCAGAUGGAGAAACGGAAGGAAAAAGAACUUAGCCUCCAAAGCAGAGUCGAUGACCAAAAAGAGCCCCUGGAGAUCUCUGAUGGCCUCAGCGCCCUCCAAGCUGGGAAGCAGAACUCAAAAACCAGCUUUGAGCUCAGGGUGCUUGAAGACGAGAUCGAACAGCUUCGGGAUCAACUCAGGGAAACAGUGGAUGAGAAUGGGCGAUUGUAUAAGUUGCUGAAGGAGAGGGACUUUGAAAUCAAACACCUCAAAAAGAAACUAGAAGAGGACAGAUUUGCCUUCACAGGGACGGCCGGUGUGGCUGGGGAUGUGAUUGCCACUAAAAUCGUUGAGCUGUCCAAAAAGAACCGGGUGCUGACGGCAGAGUCCGAGGGCGCAAAGACGAGAGUGCGGCAGCUGAGCCGCCGCAUCCAGGAGCUGGAGCAGGAGCUGCAGACGGCUCUGGCCAGGCUGCCAGCCAAGGGGGCCACCGAUGCAGGAGCCAAGCCGCCGAGGGCCCAGAUGGGAGACAGAGCCUUGCAGGACAGCCCAGAGGUGAAGGUCUUGCAGGACAGGCUGGCGGCCACAAACCUGAAGAUGAGUGACCUCCGCAACCAGAUCCAGGCUGUGAAGCAGGAGCUCCGGAUGGCCCAGAAGGUUUUGACUAGUGAGGUGGGGGAAGAUGUGAACCUCCAGCAGCUCUUGUCCUCGCCUGGGACCUGGCGGGGUCGGGCUCAGCAAAUUCUCGUCUUGCAGAGCAAGGUUCGAGAGCUUGAGAAACAGCUGGGACAGACUCGGAGCCGGUCGGCAGAAACAGCCAGCGAUGAGCUGUCUGUCCAUCCUGAGCCACAGAAGCUGUCGGUGCAGGAGAAAAACCUGCUGCGGAUCCGCAACCUGGAGAGGGAAAGACAGGAAAGCUGGCAGAAACUUGUGGCGGAGCGGGACGCCCUCCAGAGAGAGCUGGAGGAGCUGAAAAAGAAGUUGGAGGGCGUGAGGUCCCGCAACAAGGUGCUGUCGAGCGAAGUGAAGACCCUCAGGAGUCAGAUGGGGACCCUCGCGGAGAAGGGCCGGCACGACGACGAGCUCAUCGACGCCCUCGUGGACCAGCUGAAGCAGCUACAGGAGAUUCUGGGCAGCCUGAGCCUGCAGGAGGAGAAGACACGCGUGUCCCAGCACCGCCUGGGCCAGCAGCUCAACAGUGAGGCCCAGCGGAGCAGCAGCCUCGUGGCCCAGCUGCGGGCCAUGGUGGCUGAGAGGGAAGCCAAGGUGCGGCAGCUGGAGUCGGAGAUCGGGCAACUCAGUGUGCAGUAUCUUCGGAAUAAGGGAGUAGGUGAGGGGUCCAGUGGGCCCGAGGUCAACCCAGCCUCCUCCAAGUUCCCCGAGGACCCGGGCCCGACCAAGUCCCCGGCCUCAGCGGGAGACCACGCUGGCAGGCUUGGAUCUUCUCGCUCCGUGACCAGCCUGGGCCACACGCUGGUGGAAUCUGCUCUCACGUGGCCUUCCCUGCACAGUCCUCAUGGGGCUUCACCCAGGUUCUCGGACUCCCCAGAACAGAAAGCCUGGCAGACACAGGUGACAGAAUUCAAAGCCCUCUGGCAGGCCGCCGAGGUGGAGCGCGACCGGCUCACCGAGUUUGUCGCCGUCCUGCAGAAACGGGUGGAGGAGAGCAACGGCAGGCUCCUGGAGUCGGAGAGGAAGCUGCAGGAGGAGCGGCACCGCACUGUGGUGCUGGAGCAGCACCUGGAGAAGAUGCGCCUGGAGCCUGGGAGGACGUCAGCUUCGCAGAGAGCAGCCCCCAGGAGCAAAGCAGGUCUGCCCAGCUCUAACACCAGGCACAACCCGAAUGAGAGUGAGAGGAAGGACCCGUCUUCCGCCCUGCUCUCCAACGUGCCCGUGGAAUCCCAGAUGGAGGAGCUGACCACCAGGCUGGCCAUCCAGAUGGAGGAGAAUGAAAUGCUGAAGGCUGCCCUAGGCAGUGCCCUGCGGGGAAAGGAGGAGGACUUCCGAAUGUACCAUGAGACCCUGGACCAGGUUAAAGGGGUCUUCCUGCAGGCCCUGCGGCAGCAGAAGGUGGACAAGCACUAGG